AUGGCGUCCAACGGAGCAAAGGCAGCAAUUAACAAAGCAAAGUCACUGGCCUCGUCCGACACGAACGGGAAGAAGCGUCGGAAGAACGAGCUCAAACCCAUCAUAACCGCGGACYCAAAUUCCAACAGCGCCCAGCAGCAGUCCCCGCUCAAUCACCAAAAGGCCCAGUACGGCCAGGACACACACACCUCUCCAACAGACUCCGAGUCCUCCGGCGACGAGGCACCCGAAAACACGGCGGACGAGGAGGACUCCGAGGACUACUGCAAGGGUGGAUAUCACCCUGUGCAAGUAGGCGAGCAGUACAAGGAUGGAAAGUACACCAUAGUGCGCAAGCUCGGCUGGGGACACUUUUCGACCGUGUGGCUCUCCAAGGACAACACCACCGGCAAGCAUGUCGCGCUCAAAGUUGUCCGCUCCGCUGCGCACUACACCGAAACCGCGCUCGACGAAAUCAAGCUGCUCAACAAGGUGGUCGACGCGAACAAGGAUCACCCGGGUCGUGCGCACGUUGUGAGCCUGCUGGACUCAUUCAACCACAAGGGCCCUCACGGAAUGCACGUAUGUAUGGUUUUUGAGGUGUUGGGCGAGAACUUGCUUGGAUUGAUCAAGCGAUGGAAUCACCGCGGUAUUCCAAUGCCACUGGUCAAGCAGAUCACAAAGCAAGUCCUCCUCGGUCUAGAUUAUCUCCACCGGGAAUGCGGCAUCAUCCACACGGAUCUCAAACCCGAGAACGUUCUCAUUGAGAUUGGCGAUGUCGAGCAGAUUGUGAAGACAUACGUCAAGGAGGAGAACAGCAAAGAGGACAAAGACCACCGCAACGGCCGCCGUAGGAGGCGGACGCUCAUCACUGGUAGCCAACCUCUUCCGAGUCCUCUCAACGCCAAUUUUUCACACGACAUGGUCAACUUCCCGGGCAGCACCCAAAGCUUGAACAAGGUCAUGAGCGACACCAAAGGACAGUCAUCCACUCCGCAAAAAUCCAUGCUAGAGAGUCUCGGAAUCAAAGGUGAUGCAGAGGGAACUUUACCAGAGGGGAGGGAUCCUCAGAAAGACCGGGAAAAGACGGCGCGCAGUGACAUCCUCGCGAACAACGUCUCGGACAUGGACCUUGGCAAAUCCCACGCCGUGAAACCCAAGGAGGCGGAGAAGCCAGAAGAAGGUCUCGAAGUGAUUUCCGUGAAGAUUGCCGAUCUGGGCAACGCGUGCUGGGUCGGCCAUCACUUUACAAACGACAUUCAAACAAGACAGUAUCGCUCUCCCGAAGUUAUUCUGGGCGCGAAAUGGGGCGCCAGCACGGAUGUGUGGAGUAUGGCAGCAAUGACAUUUGAACUCAUCACUGGCGAUUACCUUUUUGACCCACAAUCCGGGACAAAAUAUGGCAAAGAUGAUGACCACAUCGCACAAAUCAUCGAACUACUCGGCACAUUCCCCAAAAGUCUUUGCAUUUCUGGCAAGUGGUCGCAAGAGAUUUUCAACCGCAAAGGCGAGUUGCGAAACAUCCACCGACUGAGACAUUGGGCGUUACCGGAUGUGCUUCGCGAAAAGUACCACUUUUCAGUUGAGGAGGCAAAACGGAUAGGGGACUUCCUGUUGCCCAUGCUGGAGCUACAACCGGCGGAGCGCGCGAAUGCUGGUGGAAUGGCAAAUCAUCCGUUCCUGGACGGCACUCGGGGUAUGGAUCCGGUGCGGCUGGACAUCUCAGUCGGCAGCAAAGGGGAAGGGAUAGACGGGUGGAGUUCAGAAAUCAAAAAGAGCGGCCGGUAG